AUGGCGAAUCUUGAAAGGGAGGCAUUACCGUUGCCGACGGGUUUCAGGCUUUCAACCGGCUCGUUCCACAAGCUGUCGGCCUUGCUCACGCUUGUGGCGCUUGCGAUCGCAUUCUCGUUCGGCAACGACGCUUUCCUGACGGUCAACAACGGCCUGACGGUCCUGCUUCAGACCUCGGUGAUCGGUCUGCUGGGCAUCGGCAUGACCCUGGUCAUCAUAACCGGCGGUAUCGACCUCAGUGUCGGAUCGGUUCUGGCACUGUCCGGAGUUGUUACAGGGCUUGCGGUGAAGGCGGGUGUCCCGACCGCCCCGGCGAUGGCGCUUGGAAUUGUUGCCGGUGCUGCAUGCGGCCUCGUCAAUGGUUUUGUCGUCACCAAAAUGCGGAUCACCCCUUUUGUCGCGACGCUGGGCAUGAUGCUGAUUGCCCGUGGUGUCGCGCUCCAGCUUACCGGUGCGGCUCCGAUUUCCAGGCUGGGGGAGGCCUUCGGCAUCCUGGGAAACGGGUCGCUGUUCAGGAUCGUCGAAAAGACGGGGGGCAUCUUUCCGAAAGUCGUUUUUCCCGGAAUUCCCUAUCCGGCAAUCCUGCUGGCAGCCGUUGCGAUCGCAGCUGCCUAUCUUCUGAACCGGCGCCAGAUCGGCAGACAUAUCUAUGCGACCGGCUCGAACGAGGAGGCCGCGCGGCUUUCCGGCGUGCUCGUCGACCGCACCAAGAUCUUUGCCUACACGCUUUCCGGUGCCCUUGCCGGUCUGGCGGGCAACGUCCUGAUGUCCAGGCUUGUAACGGUGCAGCCCAACGAAGGGGUGAUGUACGAGCUCGAUGCGAUCGCGGCCGCCGUGAUUGGUGGCGCGUCGCUCAUGGGCGGCGUCGGAAACAUCUCCGGCACCAUGAUUGGUGCGUUCAUCAUCGGCGUUCUGCGCAACGGGCUGAACAUGGCGGGCGUUUCAGCAUUCAUCCAGCAAAUCGUGAUCGGCGUGAUCGUCAUUGUGGCGGUCUACAUCGAUCAGAUCCGCAACCGGCGCUGA